AUGGAGGAGGCUGUGGACCCGGUCCCCGCGGGGCUGGGACGGUGCACGUGCUGCUUCUGGUUGGCGUUGGUCUUUGACGUGUUGGGGCUCCUCGUGCUGCUGCUGGGCGUGUUCGUGAACGUCUUCUUCUACGACCUGCUGAUCUACGCAGGCGCCAUCAUCAUCUUCCUCAGCCUGGUGUGGUGGCUCUUCUGGUACUCGGGGAACAUCGAGGUGCCCCCCGCGGAGCUGCGUGAUGACGUCGGCCUCACGUCCAAACCCGCGCGGCCUCGUGGCGCUCUGGGCGCGCUCAGUGGCGUGCUGCGCCGCGCGUCCAGCCGCGUGACCGGAGCGAUCAGCGGAUCUUUCCGUGCACAAGGCCCGCGAGCGCAGCAGGCCACACAGGUGUGUGUUGGCCUGGCAACGGUGUCAACAGAGCGCGAGAGCCCACCCACAGCCACAGAGCCGCUGUCUCAGAGCCACUGUCCCAGAGCCACAGAGCCACUGUCUCAGAGCCACUGUCCCAGAGCCACAGAGCCACUGUCCCAGAGCCACAGAGCCACUGUCCCAGAGCCACUGUCUCAGAGCCGCUGUCCCAGAGCCACAGAGCCACUGUCCCAGAGCCCCAGAGCCGCUGUCUCAGAGCCGCUGUCUCAGAGCCGCUGUCUCAGAGCCGCUGUCCUAGAGCUGCUGUCCCAGAGCCACUGUCCCAGAGCCACAGAGCCACUGUCCCAGAGCCGCUGUCCCAGAGCCGCUGUCUCAGAGCCGCUGUGCCAGAGCCGCUGUCCCAGAGCCACUGUCCCAGAGCCACAGAGCCACUGUCCCAGAGCCCCAGAGCCGCUGUCUCAGAGCCGCUGUCUCAGAGCCGCUGUCCCAGAGCCGCUGUCCCAGAGCCGCUGUCCCAGAGCCACUGUCCCAGAGCCACAUAGCCACUGUCCCAGAGCCGCUGUCUCAGAGCCACUGUCCCAGAGCCGCUGUCUCAGAGCCGCUGUCUCAGAGCCGCUGUCCCAGAGCCGCUGUCCCAGAGCCGCUGUCCCAGAGCCACUGUCCCAGAGCCACAGAGCCACUGUCCCAGAGCCACAGUCCCAGAGCCACAGUCCCAGAGCCGCUGUCCCAGAGCUGCUGUCUCAGAGCCGCUGUAGAUGA